AUGGCAACCAACACAUUCGAGACGCAAGGCGUCCGAGUAGCUGUUGAAGGAUGCGGCCAUGGCACACUAGAUGCCAUCUACGCCUCUGUCGAAGAAUCUUGUAAGCAACGAGGUUGGGACGGUGUCGAUAUCCUCAUCAUCGGCGGUGACUUUCAGUCUGUCCGCAAUGCUGAGGAUUUGACCAUUAUGUCUUGCCCUGUCAAAUACCGCCACUUAGGAGACUUUCCCAAGUACUACUCUGGUGAGAGAAAGGCACCUUAUCCGACAAUAUUCAUUGCUGGAAACCAUGAAGCCAGCUCACAUUUAUGGGAGCUCUACUACGGAGGCUGGGUUGCGCCUAACAUCUACUACAUGGGUGCUGCCAACAUCCUGCGUUUCGGUCCAUUGCGUAUUGCUGGACUAUCCGGUAUAUGGAAAGGCUUCGAUUACCGGAAACCACAUCACGAACGACUACCAUUCAGUGGCGACGAUGUAAAGUCGUGGUACCAUGUUAGGGAGAUUGACGUCCGCAAACUGCUUCAAGUCCAGACGCAAGUGGACGUCGGCCUCAGUCACGACUGGCCACGCGCAGUCGAACGACAUGGGGACCAUGGUUGGUUGUUCAAGAAGAAGCCUGAUUUCAAAAAUGAAUCUCGAGACGGUACACUCGGUAGUGUGGCAGCUGAGUAUGUCAUGGACCGUCUGCGACCUCCUCAUUGGUUUUCGGCCCAUAUGCAUGUCAAGUUCGCUGCGAUCAAGAUAUACGAGGACACCCAACCUGAAGUGGAAGAGAUCAAACCAGAUGUUGCUCCUGUAGUCACUCCUGCGCCGGCUACGGAAACCAAUCCCGAUGAGAUUGAUUUGGAUAUGGAUGAUGAUGACGACGAAGAGGACACUAAGCCCAAGGCAGAACCAGAGGUCAUAAAGAGCGAGCCUGAAACCAAAGAGACCUCAGAAACAUCCAACGAAGUAUCGGAGGAGCUUAGGGCACAGUUACCCGCAUCUUUCGCUCGUCCACAGCCUAAGAAGACACCUGGUCAACCCGUACCGCCUGGCAUCACGAACAAGGAGGUCCGAUUCCUUGCUCUCGAUAAAUGCCUACCGGGACGACAUUUUCUACAGCUCUGUGAACUCCAACCUUUUGACCCAGAAACAAGCUCUAAAUAUCCUCCAGCUAAAGAGUCGCCAAGAUGGCGACUACAAUACGACCCAGAGUGGCUUGCGAUUACUCGAGUCUUCCAUGAUUCCUUGGUCUUCGGUGACCGGGAUGCACAAACACCGCCUGAUAAGGGCGAAGAGCAUUAUCUGCCCCUUAUCGAGAAGGAAAGAGAAUGGGUCGAAGAAAAUGUUGUUAAGGCUGGAAAGUUAGAUGUGCCGUACAAUUUCGAGAUCACUGCGCCACCUUAUGUUCCUGGUACUCCUGAGAUUGUCAAUGAGCAGCCAGCGGAGUACACAAACCCACAGACCACAACCUUUUGCGAAAUGAUGGGGCUAUCGAAUAUAUGGGAUGCCACUGAACAAGAGAGACGCCAACGGAAAGCACAGGGACCACCUAAAACAGAUCAAAGGUUCACUGGUGGGAGGAGAGGCGGUGGUCAAGGAAGAGGUAGGGGAGGCGGAAGAGGACGAGGCAGGGGCAGAGGUCGUGGGGGUCGCUGGUAA